AUGAGUCAUCAACCUGAAACUUUACAAGUAACAAUUGUUGAAGGUCGUCAAUUAAAAACCAAAGAUACUUUUGGUGAAAAUGAUGCUUAUGCUGAGGUUUAUUUGGAUAAAGAUUAUAAGCAACGAACAAAGCUAAUUAAAGAUUCAAAUAAUCCGACAUGGAAUGAAACAUUUAGUUUUAAUUUGAAAAAAGGUCAAGAUGAAUUAAAAAUAGAUGUUUAUGAUGACGACAUAGUUGGACGAGAUUUGAUUGGUUCCAUAAAAGUCAAUCUCCAGAAACAUGUUAUUGGUAAAGGUCGUCUUGAUCUAUGGCUGAACUUUCCAGUCGGCAUAAGUCGAAGUUCAAACGGAGCAAUUCAUGUUAUUAUCGAACAUCAUAAAUAA